AUGACCACAAAGAUGCCGACGACCUCUUCUUCGCACCACCGUCGUUACCGAACCAGUGGUGCUGGUGCUGCCGUAGCUGUUGACGCCCCUGUUCUCGUGCGUCAGCAUGCGGCGACGUCUGCGACACUUCAGUCGCGUUUUGUUACCACCACUCUGGCCUUCCUUGCAGCUGUGCUGCUCUUCUCCGCACCUACACAUGCCGUGGACACCACGCCGCCCACCGCCGUCGCCCAGGACAUCACCAUCACCCUGGCCGCCGACGGCACGUACACGCUCGACCCAGCGAACCUCGACGGCGGCAGCUCAGACGACACCACCACGGCCGGCAACCUUCUCUUCUCCGCCUCACAGACCAGCUUCUCCUGCUCUGACGUUGGACCCGUGAGCGUCACGCUCACCGUGGAGGACGAGGCCGGCAACAACGCCACGGACACCGCCACCGUCACCGUGCAGGAUGACACGGCGCCGAGCAUCACCCCUCAGUCGCCAGGGACAAAGUCCCUCAACAGCUUUGGGCAGGUGAUCCUCUCCCCGAGCGCCCUGGCAUCGGCCACCACCGAUGCGUGCGGCAUCUUCUCCAGGAGCGUCCAGCCAAACGUCUUCUACUGCACCGAUAUCGGCGCAAACGACGUCACGCUCAUCGUCCUGGACAGCAACUUCAACGCCGCCACGUCCUCAGACUCUGUCACCAUCGCCGACACCAGCGCCCCCACCGUCACAGCCGUGGCGGACUUCUCCCUCGCGCUCAACGUCUCCGGCCUGGCCUCCAUCGACGCUGCGCAGGUGACAGACACGGCGACAGACAACUGCGAGAACGUCACCCUCUCCAUUGACGUGGCCAGCUUCUCCUGCACAGACGUCGGCACCCCAGUCACCGUCACCCUCACGGGCACGGACGACUCAGCCAACACGGACACCGACAUGGUUGUCAUCACCGUCGUCGAUGACACGGGGCCCACCUUCACCCUCACCGACGCCGUCACCGCCACGCUAAACACGUCGGGCUUGUAUUCGCUCGACCUCGACGCCCUGGCGGUCGGCCUCGACGACAACUGCGGCGUUGGCGGCGUGAGCCUCUCCGCGUCCCAGCAGACGUUCGCCUGCAGCGACGCGGGCUCCUCCUUCAACAUCUCCAUCACCGCCUCCGAUGGCUCCGCCUCCACCACAAAGUACACCAACGUCACCGUCGUGGACACCGAGGUGCCCUCCAUCACCCCGCAGGCGCCCUUCAACGUGGCCCUCAACGACUCGGGGCUCGCCACCAUCACAGACGCGGAUGUGGUCAGCAGCAGCAGCGACAACUGCGCCGUCGCCACCACCACCCUCUCCCGCACAGCCUUCUCCUGCUCCGACAUUGGCACCACGUACAACAUCACCGCCGUGGUCACCGAUGCCUCGGCCAACCAGGCCUCUGUGGAUGUCGAGGCAACGGUCGUCGACAACAUUGCCCCGCUGCUCUUCGCCGUCUCCUCCCUCGACGUCACGCUCAACACGUCCGGCCUGGCAACCAUCCAGCAGGCUGACGUCUUCAUCAACGCCACAGACAACUGUGACGGCGUCACCGUCGCCCUCAACUUCACCGAGCUCACCUGCGCCGACGUGGGCGCCAGCACCCUGCUCGUCACCGCCACAGACACGGCCGGCAACACAGACACAGACACCGUCGCCGUCACCGUGGCCGAUGACGAGGUGCCUACCCUGGACGCCGUGGCCGCCACCACCCUCCAGCUUGACGACGCGGGCGCGGUGAGCAUCACCGCCUCCGACGUCAUCAACUCCGACUCGGACAACUGCGCCGUCACAACGCGCACGCUCGCGCAGUCGGCGUUCGCUUGCAGCGACGUUGGCACUGCCGACGUCCUCCUCACCAUCAGCGACGCCCAGGGCAACGCCGCGACAGCGAACGUCUCCGUUACCGUGGAGGACUCGGUCAACCCUGACCUCACCACCGUCGGCUACCACCUGCUCACCCUCCACGCCACAGACGGCAACGCCACCCUGGCUGCAGGCGACAUCACCACCGGCACCAGCGAUAACUGCGCCGUGCUUAACCAGACGCUCUCCCAGUCGCUGUUUGAGUGCGCCGACCUCGGCAACAACACCAUCACCACUACCACUUACGACGUCAACGGCAACUCCAACUCCUCCACAACCACCGUCGAGGUUGUUGACACGGCCGCCCCCGUGCUUGCCGUCAACGCAACGCUCGUCGUGGACCUUGAUGCUGCCGGGGCCGCCACGAUCGCUGCCGGUGACCUCGUCACGUCUGCCGUCGAUAACUGCGGCGUGGCCUCACAGGUACUCAACCGCACCUCCUUCUCCUGCAACGACGUCGGCGCCGCCAUCACCGUGCUCGUCACCGCCACAGACGCGAGCGGCAACGCCGCCACGGCCACGUCCCUCAUCACCGUGCGCGACGUCUCCGCGCCCGUGUUCACCCUCAAGUCGGCCCACCAGGUGUACCUCAACGCGUCCGGUCAGGCCCCACUGACCGCUGCCGACGUCAUUGUCACGCAGAGCGACAACUGCGCCGUCUACUCCACCACCGUGUCCAAGUCCCUCUUCACCUGCGCCGACGCCGGCACAACGCAGAACAUCGACGUCACCGUGACGGACGUCAACGGCCAGUCAGACACUCAGACCGUUCCCGUGGAGAUUAUCGACAACAUGGACCCGACCGCUGUCACCAUCUCGGGCACCACCACCCUCCAGCUUGGUGCCGGUGGCUUUGUCAGCAUCACGCCAGCCACUGUCGACAACGGCUCAUACGACAACUGCGCCAUCGGCUCGCUCUCCGCCGCCCCCGGCGUGUUCACCUGUGACGAUCUCGGCAACCAGACCGUCACGCUCGUUGUCUUUGAUGACUUCUUCAACGUGGACGCGGCAGAUGCCAGCGUCACCAUCGUUGACACGCGCAACCCCACGCUCACCCUCGAUUCCUCCUUCUCCAUCUCCCUCAACGCGUCCGGCCUCGCCGACUUCAACACCACAGAGGUCGUGCGCAGCGUGGGCGACAACUGCAUCACCACCACCCUCUCCUCCUCCAGCCAGACGUUCACCUGCUCCGACGUCGGCACGCAGUCCGUCUCCGUGACUGCAACAGACGGAUCAGGCAACCAGGUCACCCGCACCACGUCCAUCACGGUGUCCGAUGACACCGACCCUACACUGCAGUCUGUGGACGCGUACACGCUCACUCUCAACUCGAGCGGCGUUGCCGCGCUGGAUGCCGCAGACAUCACGUACGUUGGCUCCGACAACUGCGCCAUCACCCAAGUUGCCGUGAACCAGACCGCCUUCACGUGCGACAACACGGGCAACCAGACGCUGAGUUUCACCGUCACAGAUGCACAGGGCCAGUCGGCAAGCAUGGGUUUCCGUGUGGAAGUGCAGGACACCACGGCGCCCAUUCUUGUCCCCGCCGCACCGCUGACGCUCAGCCUCUCCGCAGAUCAAGGCAUCGCCAACAUCACCAUUGCCAACGUCACGGACAGCUACAGCGACAACUGCGCCGUUGCCGCCACCUCCCUGUCCCAGGACGGGUUCACCUGCGCCCACGUCGGCUCACAUACCAUCAGCAUCGUGGUCACAGACAGCAGCGGCUUGCAAACCACAGCCACCACGCAGGUCUCGGUGCAGGAUGCGGCAGCACCCACCUUUGACAUCAACAACACAACUGUCGUCUUGGAUGCCAACGGCGACGGCAGCAUCACAUCGGGUGACGUGUCCUCAUCUGUGACAGACAACUGUGGCGUUGCCAGCACCAUAGUCUCCACCACGGCGUUUACGUGCUCCAACCUCGGUGCGAACACGAUCACCGUGACGGUGACGGACGUCAACGGCAACACUAACGCAAAGACGGCCACUGUCAACGUGCAGGAUACACAGAUACCCGUGGUCAACGCUCAAGUGUUCCGAAUCGGUCUCGAUCUCAACGCCACCGGUUACAUCGAGCUUGACACGGGAAGCGCCAUCGUCUCCGUUGUUGAGAACUGUGGUUACACAACCCAGCUGCAGAAGAGCCUGUUCACCUGCGACGACGUUGGCGACUCAACAACGCUCGUGCUAAUUGAGGAUGAGGCAGGCAACACGGGCAACGACACCGUCCUUGUGCGCGUUGAUGACAUGCUCAAUCCCGUUGUCACCAUGCAGGCUGACUUUACCGUUUCACUCAACAGCUCCGGCCUGUAUGAGUUCGACACAAGUGACAUUGUCGCGAGCUACACAGAUAACUGCGCCAUCAACGCCCUGGUUUUCAGCAAAAACCAAGUGGCAUGCAGUGAUGUUGGCACAGUGGUCGUGACAGCAACGGCCACGGAUACAAGCGGAAACACCGACGCUGGUACUGUAACGGUGACUGUUGAGGACAACGAGUCUCCUGUUGUGACGGCUGUUGCGAGCCUUGAGGUGUUCCUGAACAGCAGUGGCGAGUAUGAGGUGUCUGUUGGCUCGACGUAUGACUCUGUGAGCGAUAACUGCGGUGCUGAUGUGACGCUGUCGCAGUCGCUGUUUACGUGCGCUGAUCUGAGCGGCGUGACGAUCACGCUGACGGCGACGGAUCCGAGCUCGAACACUGGCACGGACACGCUUGCAGUGACUGUGACUGACAACGAGUCUCCGACGCUGACUGUUGCUGGCGCGUUCAGUGUUUCGCUGAACAGCACUGGGCAGUAUGGUCUGACGACUGGGGAGAUUGUGACGUCGAGCGCUGACAACUGCGCUGUUGCGAGCGUUGAGGCUGACUGGGAUGUGUUUACGUGUGCCGACACUGGUGCGCAGACUGUGACUGGCACUGUGACGGACACGAGCGGCAACACUGACUCGUCGACUGUGACGGUGACUGUUGAGGACAACGAGUCUCCUGUUGUGACGGCUGUUGCGAGCCUUGAGGUGUUCCUGAACAGCAGUGGCGAGUAUGAGGUGUCUGUUGGCUCGACGUAUGACUCUGUGAGCGACAACUGCGGUGCUGAUGUGACGCUGUCGCAGUCGCUGUUUACGUGCGCUGAUCUGAGCGGCGUGACGAUCACGCUGACGGCGACGGACCCGAGCUCGAACACUGGCACGGACACGCUUGCAGUGACUGUGACUGACAACGAGUCUCCGACGCUGACUGUUGCUGGCGCGUUCAGUGUUUCGCUGAACAGCACUGGGCAGUAUGGUCUGACGACUGGGGAGAUUGUGACGUCGAGCGCUGACAACUGCGCUGUUGCGAGCGUUGAGGCUGACUGGGAUGUGUUUACGUGUGCCGACACUGGUGCGCAGACUGUGACUGGCACUGUGACGGACACGAGCGGCAACACUGACUCGUCGACUGUGACGGUGACUGUUGAGGACAACGAGUCUCCUGUUGUGACGGCUGUUGCGAGCCUUGAGGUGUUCCUGAACAGCAGUGGCGAGUAUGAGGUGUCUGUUGGCUCGACGUAUGACUCUGUGAGCGACAACUGCGGUGCUGAUGUGACGCUGUCGCAGUCGCUGUUUACGUGCGCUGAUCUGAGCGGCGUGACGAUCACGCUGACGGCGACGGAUCCGAGCUCGAACACUGGCACGGACACGCUUGCAGUGACUGUGACUGACAACGAGUCGCCCACUGUGAGCAGCGUUGCGAACUAUACUGUUGUGCUUGACGGCAAUGGCAACGGCGUCAUCACGAGCGGCAGCCUGUCUGCUUCGAGCGCUGACAACUGCGCAGUUGCGAGCGUCGACCUUGAUGUUGACACGUUCACGUGCGGGAACAUCAGCAGUGUGAUUCCUGUGACCGUGACAGCGACGGACACGUCUGGGAACACGGCGACAUCGCGGACCGAGAAGCCCAACUUUGUGAACACGCCGUUCACGGUUGAGCUUGGUGUUGAUGGCACGGCGAAUGCGCUUCCGUUCCACAAUGACACGUGUGGCGUUGCCGACAUUAUCACGAGCCUUGAGGUUGCUGAUUGUGCUGACGUUGCGACGUCACCGCACACCGUGAGUGUGUUUGUGACUGAUGUGAACGGGCAGUUCCGCAAUGGCGAUGUUGAGGUGACUGUUGUUGACACGCUGAGCCCGAAUGUGACGACACAGUCUGCUGUUGUGACGCUUGAUGCGUCUGGGACUGGCAGCCUGAGCGCGAGCGAGGUGAUUGCGAGCAGCGAGGACAACUGUGCUGUUAGCGACUCGAGCGUUGACCGGACGAGCUUUGGGUGCGCUGAUCUGAAUGCGACUCAGACUGUGCUUGUGACGGUUGAGGAUGCGAGCGGGAACACUGCGAGCGGGCAGGCGAGCGUGACUGUUGUUGAUGUGACGUCGCCUGUGCUGAGUGUUGCACCGAGCGUGAAUGUUGUGCUGAACGGCAGCGGCGUUGGCGUGCUCACAGUUGGGGACGUUGAGGUGAGCUCGAGCGAUGCUUGUGGUGUUGACACGCGCAGCCUGUCACAGACGGUGUUUGGUUGUGCUGCAGCGCUGACGUCCAACGAGGUGACGCUGGUUGUGGCUGAUGGGAGCGGGAACAGCGCGAACGGGACGAGCACGGUUGUUGUGCAGGACAACGAGUCUCCUGUUGUGACGGCUGUUGCGAGCCUUGAGGUGUUCCUGAACAGCAGUGGCGAGUAUGAGGUGUCUGUUGGCUCGACGUACGACUCUGUGAGCGACAACUGCGGUGCUGAUGUGACGCUGUCGCAGUCGCUGUUUACGUGCGCUGAUCUGAGCGGCGUGACGAUCACGCUGACGGCGACGGAUCCGAGCUCGAACACCGGCACGGACACGCUUGCAGUGACUGUGACUGACAACGAGUCUCCGACGCUGACUGUUGCUGGCGCGUUCAGUGUUUCGCUGAACAGCACUGGGCAGUAUGGUCUGACGACUGGGGAGAUUGUGACGUCGAGCGCUGACAACUGCGCUGUUGCGAGCGUUGAGGCUGACUGGGAUGUGUUUACGUGUGCCGACACUGGUGCGCAGACUGUGACUGGCACUGUGACGGACACGAGCGGCAACACUGACUCGUCGACUGUGACGGUGACUGUUGAGGACAACGAGUCUCCUGUUGUGACGGCUGUUGCGAGCCUUGAGGUGUUCCUGAACAGCAGUGGCGAGUAUGAGGUGUCUGUUGGCUCGACGUAUGACUCUGUGAGCGACAACUGCGGUGCUGAUGUGACGCUGUCGCAGUCGCUGUUUACGUGCGCUGAUCUGAGCGGCGUGACGAUCACGCUGACGGCGACGGAUCCGAGCUCGAACACUGGCACGGACACGCUUGCAGUGACUGUGACUGACAACGCGUCGCCCACUGUGAGCAGCGUUGCGAACUAUACUGUUGUGCUUGACGGCAAUGGCAACGGCGUCAUCACGAGCGGCAGCCUGUCUGCUUCGAGCGCUGACAACUGCGCAGUUGCGAGCGUCGACCUUGAUGUUGACACGUUCACGUGCGGGAACAUCAGCAGUGUGAUUCCUGUGACCGUGACAGCGACGGACACGUCUGGGAACACGGCGACAUCGCGGACGUAUGUGACGGUUGUGGAUCAGGAUGCACCUGUGAUGACGACAGUGAGCAGCAUUACGGUUGAGGUUGGCAUUACUGGGCAGGCUGUGCUGAUGGCGAACGAUGUUGUUGUGUCAUCGAGCGACAACUGCGAAACAGUGACGUUCAGUCUGAACCAGACGCUGUUUGACUGUGAUGAUGUGAGCACGAGCCCGCAUGUGGUUCUUGUGACGGCGACGGACAGCAACGGGCUGACUGCGACGUCGGAGGUGUCUGUGACGGUUGUUGACAGCGAGAAGCCCAACUUUGUGAACACGCCGUUCACGGUUGAGCUUGGUGUUGAUGGCACGGCGAAUGCGCUUCCGUUCCACAAUGACACGUGUGGCGUUGCCGACAUUAUCACGAGCCUUGAGGUUGCUGAUUGUGCUGACGUUGCGACGUCACCGCACACCGUGAGUGUGUUUGUGACUGAUGUGAACGGGCAGUUCCGCAAUGGCGAUGUUGAGGUGACUGUUGUUGACACGCUGAGCCCGAAUGUGACGACACAGUCUGCUGUUGUGACGCUUGAUGCGUCUGGGACUGGCAGCCUGAGCGCGAGCGAGGUGAUUGCGAGCAGCGAGGACAACUGUGCUGUUAGCGACUCGAGCGUUGACCGGACGAGCUUUGGGUGCGCUGAUCUGAAUGCGACUCAGACUGUGCUUGUGACGGUUGAGGAUGCGAGCGGGAACACUGCGAGCGGGCAGGCGAGCGUGACUGUUAUUGAUGUGACGUCGCCUGUGCUGAGUGUUGCACCGAGCGUGAAUGUUGUGCUGAACGGCAGCGGCGUUGGCGUGCUCACAGUUGGGGACGUUGAGGUGAGCUCGAGCGAUGCUUGUGGUGUUGACACGCGCAGCCUGUCACAGACGGUGUUUGGUUGUGCUGCAGCGCUGACGUCCAACGAGGUGACGCUGGUUGUGGCUGAUGGGAGCGGGAACAGCGCGAACGGGACGAGCACGGUUGUUGUGCAGGACAACGAGUCUCCUGUUGUGACGGCUGUUGCGAGCCUUGAGGUGUUCCUGAACAGCAGUGGCGAGUAUGAGGUGUCUGUUGGCUCGACGUAUGACUCUGUGAGCGACAACUGCGGUGCUGAUGUGACGCUGUCGCAGUCGCUGUUUACGUGCGCUGAUCUGAGCGGCGUGACGAUCACGCUGACGGCGACGGAUCCGAGCUCGAACACUGGCACGGACACGCUUGCAGUGACUGUGACUGACAACGAGUCUCCGACGCUGACUGUUGCUGGCGCGUUCAGUGUUUCGCUGAACAGCACUGGGCAGUAUGGUCUGACGACUGGGGAGAUUGUGACGUCGAGCGCUGACAACUGCGCUGUUGCGAGCGUUGAGGCUGACUGGGAUGUGUUUACGUGUGCCGACACUGGUGCGCAGACUGUGACUGGCACUGUGACGGACACGAGCGGCAACACUGACUCGUCGACUGUGACGGUGACUGUUGAGGACAACGAGUCUCCUGUUGUGACGGCUGUUGCGAGCCUUGAGGUGUUCCUGAACAGCAGUGGCGAGUAUGAGGUGUCUGUUGGCUCGACGUAUGACUCUGUGAGCGACAACUGCGGUGCUGAUGUGACGCUGUCGCAGUCGCUGUUUACGUGCGCUGAUCUGAGCGGUGUGACGAUCACGCUGACGGCGACGGAUCCGAGCUCGAACACCGGCACGGACACGCUUGCAGUGACUGUGACUGACAGCGAGUCUCCUGUCAUCACGGAUUUCGGCUCUGGUACAGUGAUGCUCAACUCUACCGGUGCAUCCGACGUUUCAUUUUUCGCAAACGCGUCCGACAACUGCGCUGUUGCGGCAUCGUAUGCUGUUCCUGCGUUUGUGACAUGCGCGGAUCUUGGCUCGGUGAACGUCACGUUGUUCGCGUCCGAUUCAUCGUCCAACGUUGCAUCUGUUGAGUCGUCCGUCCUUGUCCUCGACACGGAGGCGCCUGUGCUCUCCCUUCUGGCUUCAACGACUGUCACGUUGUCUGCGGCAGGCGAUGUUGUUCUUAACCACACUGACGUUGUGUCAUCCCUGACUGACAACUGCGCAGCUUCGCUGGCCGACGUUGAAUCGAGCUGGACUUGCUCCAACGUGAACCAAACAAACAACCUCACCAUUGGCGCCGUCGAUGCCAGCGGCAACUUUGACUAUGCUUCCAUGGACGUGACUGUUCUGGAUGCUACUGCACCUGUUGUUUCGACACAGAACGUGACGUUGGAGCUUGACUCCUCCGGUAUGACGUCUGUGACUGAAGCGGACGUCGUGGUGUCGACUGCGGAUGCCUGCGGUGUGAGCAGCGUGUCCUUGUCGGUUACAUCGCUGACGUGCUCUCAGGCAAGCAUUCCUCAGACCAUCACUGUGUCUGCCACGGACGGUAGUGGCAACGUCGGCACUGCCACUGCUGUUGUUACGGCGGUGGACACAAUCUCGCCGGAGUUUUCUGUUGUGUCGUCCCGCGUGGUGCAGCUUGGCAGUGCGGGCUUUGGAACCCUGAGCCCAUCUCAGGUAAUCACGAGCAUGAGCGACAACUGUCAAGUGUCGCACGCCAACCUGUCCCAGACAGUGUUCACGUGCGUUGACGUUCAGGACGAUGCCCACGACAUUGUUGUGAGCGUGACAGACAUUCACAACAACACGGCCACAAAGGUUGUGCAGGUGUAUGUUCGCGAUCCCGUCGACCCGGAGCUGCUUGCACCCGAUGUUGUGCUUGAUCUGGACGCGUCUGGCCGCGCGACACUGGACGCCAACACCAGCGAUGCGUGCGGUGUUGUGCAGGAAAUUGUCAGCAAGUCUGUGUUCAAGUGCGCCGAUCUCGGCCAUGAGGACGUGAACCUGUUUGUGAAGGACAGCAACGGCAACUCGUACAGCGGCCUGAUUGGCGUUGACGUGCGUGACACCAUCGCGCCGACGUUCAGUGUUGAGCCGCGCUACAACGUGUCACUGGAUGCGUCUGGCAGCGGCAGCAUUGACACGGCCACAGUCAUUCUCGGCGCCGACGACAACUGUGAGGUGGUGGAGCAAACGCUGAACCAGACAGACUUCACGUGUGCCGACCGCGGUGUAAACCUGCUGCUUGCCACUAUCAUGGAUGUGGCGAAUCUGACAACAUCGCAUGUGACGGAGGUCCUCGUUGAGGAUCUCCUUUCCCCCGUGCUCUCUGUACGGCCGUCCCUGACGGUUGAGCUGAAUGCGACUGGCGAAGCUGCUGUCACGGUAGCGGACCUUGACUUGGGUACUGACGACAACUGCGGCAUUUCCUCCCUGGCCAUCUCCACGGACAUGUACGCCUGUGCCGAUCUUGGUCCGCAGACGCUGACGUUCUCCGCGACGGACACCACUGGCCUUGUGUCGACGGCCACCGUGAACAUCACUGUUGAGGACAACAUUCUGCCCGACGUGACUGUGCAGGACGUGACGCUUGUGCUGAACAGCACCGGCCAGGCCAGCGUUGCGCCCGCCGACGCGAUUGCGAGCUCUUCGGACAACUGCGGUGUUGUGUCGACAUGGAUUGAGCCGAGCAGCGUUGACUGCAGCCACCUGGGCACCGUGCCCGCAACCGUGUACCUUCGCGAUGCAGCCGGCAACGUGCAGAGCGCGUCACUGACGCUGACUGUUGAGGACAACGAGGCUCCUGUUGUGAGCGUCGUUGGCUCUCACAGUGUCACGCUUGACAGCAACGGCGCUGCAUCUGUGUCUGUUGGCACGCUCAUCACCUCCUCCACGGACAACUGCGCCGUGGAUGUGGAGAACGUGACGCAGUCUGCAUUCUCGUGCUCUGACGUGGGCCCCGUCCCCGUGACGGUCUCCGUGUACGAUGUUGCUGGCAACAGCGACUCUGCGGCGGUGACGAUCACGGUCAGUGACACCCUUGCGCCGACGUUGGUGACGCAGGAUGUGACAGUGUCUCUCAACGCGACUGGGCAGCGCACGUUCUUGCCUUCCGAAGCGAUUUCGUCACUGGACGACAACUGCGGCAUUGCCAGCACCACUGCCAACAACACGCUCUUCUCUUGCAGUGACACUGGCGUCAAGUUUGUGGAGAUUGCCUCAACGGACGUGAACGGCCUGACCACAACGGAGACGGUUCAAGUGACUGUGGAGGACGACACGCCACCCACGGUCACAGCCGUAGCGGCGUACAACCUGACGCUCGGCGCGAACGGCCUUGCCACACUGUCGGUUGGGGACGUGCUGCUGACGGAGAGCGACAACUGCGGCAUCAGCCGUCGUUUGCUGGACAUGGAAGUGUUUGGCUGCAGUGACGUGAACCAGACCCACACGGUGACGCUGACCGUGUUUGACACGUCCGAGCAGCCUGCAUCCACGACCAUUGAGGUGCGCGUGCUUGACAGCGGGCUACCGGACAUCAACACGGCGCCGACGACUAAGGUGCUCAACAGCGGCGGGCACGUGUCCCUGCAGCCGAGCGACGUGAACAGCGGGUCCACGGACGUGUGUGGCGUGCUCGGCUCCUCCGUGUCGCCGUCUGCGUUCUCGUGCGCCGACGUUGGUGUCAACGUGGUGACCUUGACCGUGACUGACGUGUAUGGCAACGCCAACUCCGCACAAGAGAACGUGACCAUCGUGGACCAGACCGAGCCAACGGUGGGCGUGCUUCAAGGCGUGACUCGCACGCUGAGCGCAGCCGGCACAGGCACGCUUGCUGCCAGCAACCUGGACGACAGCACGAGCGACGCUUGCGGCAUUGCGUCUCUGAGCGUGAACCAGACUGCGCUGACCUGCGCGGACGUGGGCACUAUUUCCGUGCUCUUCACCGCUGUCGAUGUGAACGGCAACAACGCGUCGACGGUGGUGGAUGUUGCUGUGGUGGACAGCACGGCGCCGUCGCUGAGCCUGACGGACGUGGUGGUGCAGCUCAACUCGAGCGGCCUCGCAUCCAUCAACCGCACGCUCGUCGACACGGGCACCACGGACGCUUGCGGCAUUGCCUCGUUUGUGCUGUCUGACACUGAGUUUUCGUGCGCGACUGUUGGAGACAACAGCGUGACGGUGACGGUGACGGACGUGAACGGCAACGUGGCCACGGACACCAUCAAUGUGCACGUGGUUGACACGCUGCUGCCCAACGUGGUGACGCAGCCGGCCACGCUUGUGCUGAACGGCACGACUGGAACGGCCGAGCUGAGUGCCGACCAGGUGGACGGCGGCUCCAACGACGCAUGCGGCGUUGUGCUGACGACGGUGAACCAGACGCUGUUCACGUGCGAGCAUGCUGGUGUGAACACGGUCAACCUGACGGUGCACGAUGCGUACGGCAACACUGCAUCGGACACCGCGCUGGUGACGGUGAACGAUGAGACAGCGCCGGUUGUGCGCGCGUCCAUCUCCCAGGUGACGCUGAAUGCCAGCGGCAUGGCGGCGCUGCUGCCGACAGAUGUCGAUGCGGGCUCGUCGGACGUGUGCGGCGUGGCGCAGCUGAGCCUGGACGUGACGCAGCUCACGUGCGCCGACGUCGGCGUGCAGAACAACACGCUGUACGCGGCUGACGCUGCCGGCAACGUUGGCUCGCUGCAAGUGAACUACACCGUGGUGGAUGUCACGGCACCGACAGUGCCGCUUCGCGCGGAGUAUGUCGUGGAGCUGAACGGCACCACGGGCACGCACGUGUUUGAUGCCGCCGCCCUGAGCGAGAACGCUACAGACGCGUGUGGCGUUUCAGAUGCGUUUGUUCUUCCGGCGCAGGUGACGUGCUCGAUGGUUGGCCAGAACAACACGGCCACCGUGUAUGUGGACGAUGUGAACGGCAACCGCGGCUCCAGCAACACGAGCAUUGUUGUUCUUGACCGCGUGGCACCCGUGCUUGCGCUGAAGACCAAUUACUCGUUUGUGCUCAACGAGACUGGCGUUGCCGUUGUGGACCCAACGGCCCUGGACGGCAGCACGUUUGACGCGUGCGGCUUUGAGUUGAGCAGCAACGUGUCGACGGUGACAUGCGCGCAGCUGACGGAGAGCGUGCCUGUUGUUGUGAGGGCGACUGACCCGUCUGGCAACAGUGUCAACGGCACCAUUUAUGUUGGCGCGCUUGAUCAGACGCGGCCGACGCUGAGCGUAAGCCCGCUGAGCAUCACGCUGGAUGCUGACCAGAGCUACACGCUGAGUGUGGACGAGGUGACGGCGACCUUUGCCGACGCUUGCGGUGUUGUGUCGCAGCAGCUGAACCAGACGGAGUUUACGUGCGCGGAUGUUGGUGUGCAGCCUGUGCUGUACACGGUGUUUGAUGCCUCUGGCAACAAGCGCACAGCCGUUGUGGACGUGACUGUGCUCGACAGCACCAGCAACCCGUGCCCGUUUGCCGUGGACUGUGUGAUGAGCAAGUGGAUGGAUGCCACGCCGUGCUCGGUGUCAUGCGGUGGACACGGCACCUACCUGCAGAACCGCUCUGUUCUCGUCCAACCGGAGAAUGGUGGCAUGGAGUGCCCGGCCCAGCGCAACCGCACUCUGCCCUGCAUCCGGCCCGCUUGUCCUCGCCAGAAGAGCUUCCGCGUGGUUGGCACGUACCGCUUUGUUGAGCAGACGCUGGACGACUGGACGCCCGGGAUGACGCAGCGGCUGAUCGACGCCGUGUGCAACGCGACAAAUUCAUUUGUGGACUGCGGGCAGGUGAACGUGACGUCCCUGCGCGCAGGCAGCGUGAUUGCAGAGGUGUCUGUGGACGCCAUUGCGGAAGAAAUUGACGCGGACGAGGUUCGCCGUGUCAUAAGCGAUUUCGAUGUGGACCUCCCUGCCUCCUUUGGCUCGUACUCUGUCACGGUGGAGCAGGAAACCGAAAACGUCAGCUCGGGCUCCAGUGCGCUGGACAGCACGUGGGGCACGGCGGGCGUUUCGCUGUUUGCGGUUGCGCUGGUGGUGCUGAUUGUCGUGUCGGUGAUUGUGUAUCGCCGGCGUGCGCGCAAUGCGGCCUCCAAGAGCCGCGUCACAGUGACGCACGGCAAUGCGCAGGCGGCGUGGGAUGCGCUCAAGCGCGACCUGACCAAGCCCAAGACGCGCGUGCGGGACCAGGCGUCGCUGGUGCAGUUUGCCGACCGCCGCGCAAGCCAGACCAUCAGCCCACGGCAGCCCAUGACGCAGCGCACGCAGCGCACCAAGCCGUCCUUCCCGCGCGUGAAGCGCAACGCUGUGGCGGACAUGCCGGACAGCUCGCCGCAGCCGCAGACGCAGACGCACUCGCUCAAGCGCUCCACCUCUGACUCGCGCGGCCCAGGCAGCCCGCUGCCUGGCGAAGGGCCACGCACGGCGGCCAACCUACAGAUGCCGACGCUGCCUACGAGCCCUGCCGGGCGCAUGGACCUUCCCGGCCAGACGACCGGGGGCAUGGCGUUCCCCGGCAGCCCCGUGAUGCAGGCGCCCACCAGCUCAAAGACGCAGGUGCCGACGUUCCAGAAGCCAAACUUUGGCAGCGAGAAGCGCAGCAAGGGCAGCCCGCUGAUGCAGCGCAAGGCACGUGGCGAUCCGUUUGGAACCCUUGAGCGCGGGGCCAACAUGCAAGGAGGCGGGCGCACGUCGCCUGUGCUGUCGCCGCCACCGGGUGUGCAGGGCACCAUGCGCCAGGGACCACCGCCCUCGCUUGGCUUCCCCGUUCCGCCAAAGCCGCCGACGUUUGCGGAUCCGUUUAGCGAGCAGCGCCGCACCAACAUGCCGCCCAUGAUGCCGGGCAUGCCGCCACCGUCACUCGGUGCUGCUGGCCCGCGCACCAACAUGCCCAGCUUCCCUGCCCGCCCCGGACCAAAGGCUGGUGGUGGCGGCGGUGGUGGCGCGACCAUGACCAUGCCUGGACGGCCAACCCCGCGGCAGCCGCAGCGCAAGGAUGGUGGUGGCGACAACGACGGCGGCGAUAACAAUCACGGCGAGGAGUCCACAGCUUGAGCUGUUGCAACUGUGACUUGACGCAACUUGUGUUUGUGUUGUGUUUGUGUUGUUGUUGUUUUUGAGUUUCAUGUGUUAGCGCUGAGAUGCGUAUGGCGCGAGCGUGAGGGAGGGCGAGUGGGUGAAGGGGGCAAGGGGAGGCGGAGCGAAUGUUUGUUGGUGUUGUGAUUGUGCCAAGAUGGUCGUGGUGGUGUUUGCAUGUGUGUGUAGUGUGUGUGCGUGUGUGUGCGUUUGUGAAGAGGAGUGGCGGGCAAGCGAGGCGAGCGAGCAAGCAGCACGGUGAUGCCAACGGUGUUGCCGGGCUGUUUGUUCUGCUUGCAGUUGCAGCGCCACCACAAACAUGAUGGCUGGCCCAUGGAUGGGUGGAUUUGUUUGUCAUGUCUUGUUUUUGGGGUGUGGGGCAAAGGCGAAUGUUUGUUACACGCGUGUUCGUGUUCCUGCGUAUCCUAGCUGUUGUAUCCUUGGCGUGAAUUUGUGGAGUGGACAAGCAGACAACAAAGUUGUCACGUCUCUUCAUACUCUUGUGUUCUUUCGUGUUCUUCACUAGUCCUUUUUUGUGUGGGCACGUGCGCCCUGUGACGCGUCCACUUGUGUGUGCAUGCGUGCAUUGAUUGGUUCAUCUUGCUGUGUUUCGUGGUUUUCUGUCUUCACCGCAAGUGUUUUUUCCUUCUUUUCUGACGUGAGCCACUCGUUGAGUGGCGGUCCAUAAACGCUUGUUCCAACAUUUUUUUCACGGACUGUAAUGGGAGUCGAACAGGUGUGUGUGCGACAAGUGCUUUGGAACUGGAG